AUUGCUGUCAGCAUGCGCGGAUCUGCCUGCCUGUGUAAAUAAGAAAAAUGACUGCAACAGUUUGGAUUUUAAGAUGAAUUACAAGCAUUUUUUUUAAUCUAACUGAAGAAUUUUAAAGGCAGUGUGUGCGCAUACGCGCAGACUCUUUGCGCAUUUGUUGAACAUCUCGAAUUUUUUCAGAUUGGUUUCCUCUGUGGCGGUUUGUUGGGUGCAGCGCGCGUCUGUUUGGAGGUCCGUGACAUGAAAUUGUUUGGGAAGCCCUGCAGUGAGCCACCAUGUGGGCGUGUUUCUCUCGGCCCUGCACUCUCUGCUCUUGUGUGGAGUCCAGAGCAAAAAACGCACUUCUUCUGGCGCGAGCCGAGAGCGCAAAAGUAGCAGCUCCCCGACUCUGACGCGCACAACAUCGCCGGCUCUGGCGGGCCCCACGAGCGCAGCUUCACCGAGCGACGGAGUUCCAAACCAAGUGCUCCUCACCAUCAUCCAGCCAUGGACGCAUCUCGAUUCGUUAUGAUAUACCUGGGCGUCGUUUUGGUUUUCCUUGGGAAUAUACCGUGUUUCCAAUCUGCUGCCAUCAUCACCCCUUCUGCACAGAAGAGGAACAGGGAAGCCAGGAUCCCGCAUCAGGACGGACAAAGGUCAUCCAAAUUCUUCAGAGACAUCUUCCCGUCUUCUCACCCUAUCGCGGGACAUCCCAAAGAAGACCCAAAGGACGCUAUUGUUCCGCAUGAAUACAUGCUCUCCAUUUACAGGACGUACUCGGCUGCAGAGAAACUCGGACUAAACGCGAGUUUUUUCCGUUCAUCCAAAUCCGCAAACACCAUAACAAGUUUCGUGGACAGAGGAACAGACAAUCUUUUGCACUCUCCUCUGCGAAGACAAAAGUAUCUGUUUGAUGUCUCAACCCUUUCAGAGAAAGAGGAGCUGGUCGGGGCAGAAUUAAGGAUAUUUAGGAGAGCGCCGGGUGGUUUGCAAACUUCCCUGCAGAGGACGGGUCUCUACAACAUCCAGCUCUACCCCUGCGGCUCUAACCGGCUGCUGGCCUCUCGGUCUCUGGACCCGCUGGACUCCACCAAGUCUGGCUGGGAAGUUCUGGACGUUUGGGAGAUGUUUAAAGUGCAUCCUCCUCGUCAGCAGCAUCAUCAGCACCAGCAGCUCUGCUUCCAGCUCAGGGUCACGCUCAGUAAAUCAGACACUGAGGUGGACCUGCGGCAGCUAGGGCUGGACAAGAGUGGCCGCAGCCAGCAGGAUAAGGCCAUCCUGGUGGCCUACACUCGCUCCAAGAAGAGGGAAAACCUCUUCAAUGAGAUGAAAGAAAAGAUCAAGUCGCAGAGAACUGUUGAUGAGAAGGAGGGGAAAGCUGCGGAGGAGGUUUCUUUGCCCAAAAGGGGGGUCAGAGGAGAGGGUCCCCGGCGGCGGAGGAGGACGGCGCUCACCAACCGUCACGGGAAACGGCACGGCAAGAAAUCUAAGACCAGGUGCAGCAAAAAGGCCCUGCACGUGAACUUCAAAGAGCUGGGCUGGGACGACUGGAUCAUCGCACCCCUGGAUUAUGAGGCCUACCACUGUGAGGGGGUGUGUGACUUCCCCCUGAGGUCGCACCUGGAGCCGACCAACCACGCCAUCAUACAGACGCUUAUGAACUCCAUGGACCCCAGCAGCACCCCGCCCAGCUGCUGCGUCCCCACCAAGCUCAGCCCCAUCAGCAUUCUCUACAUAGACUCGGGCAACAACGUGGUGUACAAACAGUACGAGGACAUGGUGGUGGAGCAGUGCGGGUGCAGGUAGCGCCAACAAGGACGCGCCGAAUCGAAGGUCCUGAACAUAUAAAGUCGUCACGGGUUUGAAAUGCAGUCACGCCUGGUCUUCUGUUUCUUCUUGAAAGGGACGCACACAUAAGGCACCAUCCUCUAUUUAUUUAGACUCAUGACCAUCAGUCCUUGCCUUAAAGUGUUCAUCACACCAUCCCUCCUUUCAGACAGGCUUUUAUUUCCCAGAGAGCUCGGUGGGUUCAGGCUCUGCAGCACCUGUUUGUGCCGGGGCCAGUGGGCCGCGGCCCUGCCUGUCAGCAGCUCUUUGUUGCAGCUCCUCUGUGCGAUCUCACCCACCGGCCCCCCAACUCUUUUGGGUAUGUGCAUCCAGGCCGCGCAAUGGCCGCUGUCCAGCUGGAGUCAUUACAGGCCCGAGCAAGUGCCUGCUUUCCAAAAAAACACCACAACAAAAGGGGUGAAUGUCUGACCACAGACUGAUCCGAAAGGAGGAAGAUGGUGGUGGUUUUAAGCCUUCAAGAGAUUUUUUCUUUUUUUUUUGCCUUACCGGAGACCAGCUGAGGGCCCCCUGAGAGAGGACGCAGAGUCCCACUGGUGCCUGUCCCGCACGGGCCCUGUUGUUGAAGAAAAGAACGAAAGCACAGAUAACAGAGUCAUCUUUACGAAAUGCACUUCCACACCUGACUGCGCCACGGUCGCAGCGAGAGUUUGUCUUCUCUGAUGACGAAAAAUCUAAAAGAAAGAAAGAAAAAGACUCGCAAACGAGACAAUAUUUAAAAUGCACAUUAGCUUCCAAUGCACUGCUGUUUAUUAUUAUUGUUGAUCUGUAAAUUUUUGUACAGUGGAAAAAGUUACAAAGUGCAACGAAUGAAGAAAUGGACAAACCGCAUUUCUUUGUAAAUAUUCCAAACUGCACUCAAAUCGGUAUAAUUUCUAUUCUAUAAUUAUUUUAUUAUUUGUGAUGUACAGAGUCUCAUGAUAAUCAUAUAUUUCUUACUUUGAUAAGAGUAAUUUAAGGAGUCUCUUUGAUAUUUGGCAGAAGGUGGAAAAUACCAUUAAUGUCUACCUCAUUGUUGCAUAUAGGAUCUGAGUUUGAGGUGCAUUCAGUUAGAGUGUAAAGAGCUUUUACAAUGUUAUAUAAGAUCAUUUAUAUACAUAUAUUACUGGAUAAUAUUCCCCACCAUUACUGUAUAAAUAAAAUUAAAAUGAAAGUCUGACAGAUUUGUAUGUAUUAACAUUUCAAUUUGAUUUUUUCUGGG